AGGGAGACACUAGUUGCCAAAACAUAUUGCAGAUCAGACUAAACACAAGCCUCAGGAUCCCUGCGCUUGUGUGAGAGAAGAGAGAGAGAGAGAGAGAGAGCACUUCUCUGCCAGACGUGCUUUCUGGUAAAGAGCUUCUAUAUCUCCUGGUACCUCUCUCUCUCUCUCUCUCUCUCUGUUGAAUGUGUUUCUACAGACGCAUUUGUUAUUUUGUAUAGCAGGGGUGGAUCUAUGCAAUGUCAUGCAUGUCUAUUUGAUUGCACAUAGGCAGGCAUUGGAAAACCAACAAUGGGUGCCGGAGGCCAAAUGUCUGUUGACGUCGUCAACAAGAGUGAAGAACAGAAAGCCACACUCCAGCGAGUGCCACACACACAGCCCCCAUUCACACUUGGCCAACUUAAGAAAGCCAUCCCACCACAUUGUUUCAAACGUUCCCUCUUCCGCUCAUUUUCCUAUGUUGCUUACGACCUCUUCUUUGCCUUCCUCUUCUACUACAUUGCUACCUCUUACUUCCACCUCCUCCCUCACCCACUUUCCUACUUUGCAUGGCCAAUCUAUUGGACUCUCCAAGGCUGCAUUCUCACUGGUGUUUGGGUCAUUGCUCAUGAGUGUGGUCACCAUGCAUUCAGUGACUACCAAUGGGUCGAUGACACAGUUGGCCUAGUCCUCCACUCUGCUCUUUUGGUGCCCUACUUCUCAUGGAAAAUUAGUCACCGUCGUCACCACUCAAACACAGGGUCAUUAGAGCGAGAUGAAGUGUUUGUUCCCAAGCCUAAAUCCAAAAUGCCAUGGUUUUCCAAGUACUUCAACAACCCACCAGGCAGGGUCCUUACUCUUCUGGUCACACUCAUUCUAGGUUGGCCCUUGUACUUAGCCUUCAAUGUUUCAGGCCGUCCCUAUGACCGAUUUGCAUGCCACUAUGAUCCCUAUGGCCCCAUUUAUUCUGGUCGGGAAAGGCUUCAAAUAUAUAUCUCAGAUGCUGGUAUCUUUGCCGCCACUUACGUGCUUUACAGUGCUGCAAUGGCAAAAGGACUGGCUUGGCUUGUAUGUGUUUAUGGGGUGCCAUUGCUCAUAGUCAAUAGCUUUCUUGUAACGAUCACAUACUUGCAGCAUACUCACCCUUCAUUGCCACACUACGACUCAUCCGAGUGGGACUGGCUGAAGGGAGCGUUGGCAACAGCAGAUAGAGAUUAUGGGGUGCUGAAUAAGGUUUUCCACAACAUCACAGACACGCAUGUGGCUCACCAUCUCUUCUCUACAAUGCCUCAUUACCAUGCAAUGGAGGCCACCAAAGCAAUCAAGCCAAUACUGGGUGAGUACUACCGGUUUGAUGGCACAUCAUUUUACAAGGCGUUGUGGAGGGAGGCUAAAGAGUGCAUUUAUGUUGAGCCGGACGAGAGGGCCCCUAGCAAAGGAGUGUUCUGGUACCAGAAAAAGCUGUGAUGCUGGAUGCAAUAUUGGGGCAAAAGAAAACGUGGUUAGCUGGUAAGUGUCUUUAGUUCGUUGAAGGACUUUAGUAAUGAAAAGUGUGUUAAAUCUGUCUUAGCAAUGAAAAAAAGUUUCGGUGUUGUUGGGUUUAGUGAAGUGUCUGUAACGUACUUUUCCAAACGUAAACUAUGUUGUGUUGGGUGAAA